CUUCGAGUCAGCAGUAGGCGUCACUGAGAGUCCACUGGAAUCCUGAGGGUUCUCGGUCAGCCUUCGCAAGUCUCACUUUCGGCAGUCUAAAGUGUCACCACGUGAAGGUUUACGUGUGAAGAAGUGGCAAUGUCAACCACCGGGAAGGUUAUUAAAUGUAAGGCUGCUGUUGCUUGGGAGGACGGGAAGCCUCUCACCAUUGAAGAAGUUGAAGUAGCACCACCUCAGGAACAUGAAGUCCGCAUUAAGAUUGUUGCUACUGGAGUUUGCCACACAGAUCUCCACUUUCUGUACACGUCUCAUAGGAAGGGUGGAUUCCCGUGUAUUUUGGGCCACGAAGGAGCUGGUAUUGUGGAGAGCGUUGGACCAGGAGUGACCAAAUUCAAACCAGGUGACAAAGUGAUUCCUGUGUUUGUAUCGCAGUGCGGAGAAUGCAAGAACUGCCGGAGUCCGAGGUCCAAUCUGUGUGAUAACAGCUGGUGGUCAAAGCAGCAGUACGAUGGAAAAACGGAACCCCUGGGUAGAAUCACCUGUAAAGGAAGGCGAAUCAUCCAGUUUGAGGGGCUUGGAACCUUUGCAGAGUACUCUAUAGUUUAUGAAAUCGCAGUUGCCAAGAUUGAUGAUGAUGCACCGCUGGAUAAAGUGUGCCUGCUUGGUUGUGGGGUUUCUACUGGAUAUGGAGCGGCGCUUAACAGUGCUAAGGUCCAGCCGGGCUCCACCUGUGCGGUGUUUGGACUCGGGGCUGUCGGCCUAGCGGCUGUCAUGGGCUGCCAAGCAGCGGGAGCAUCUCGGAUCAUCGCAGUGGACAUCAACAAGGACAAGUCCAGUAAGGCUAAGGAGUUCGGAGCCACCGACUUCGUCAACCCUAACGAUCACGACAAGCCCAUCCAGGAAGUGCUGAGUAGUUUGACCGAUGGAGGUGUUGACUACUCCUUUGAAUGCGUGGGCAAUGUUGAACUUAUGGUCAGUGCUCUGGAGGCCUGUAAUAAAAGCUGGGGUGUCAGCGUGAUUGUAGGAUGGAAUAACACUGAAAUGUUGUCAGUAAGCCCUGUCCAGAUGAUCGGUGGACGCAGAUGGACGGGAACUGUCUUUGGAGGGUGGAAGAGCGUGGAAAGCGUUCCCAAGCUUGUGGCUGAUUACAUGGCAAAGAGGAUCAAACUGGAUGAGUUCAUCACUCACACGCUGCCUUUGGAGGGAGUCAACGACGCCUUUGAUUUGAUGACCGCUGGGAAAAGCAUUCGCACAAUCCUGAAGAUGUGAAAUGAAGAGACAGCGCGGCAUCCCAGUGGCCUCGUCUUCCUGCUGUUAGCGUGUUGGUGUGCCAUGAGGGCACAAAGGAAAUAAACCCCCAGAGCUGA